AUGUUAUUGUGGCAGAUAAACCCUGAAAAAGCGAGGGAAGAAUUUCGAAGUGUCAGCCAGAAUAAUGGGGGAAGUGGAGUCAAAGACUUCAUGGAUGGAAUGGGUCUUGGGAUGCUUGCAGAACAGCUUGGGGAACUAAAGCUGGGAGAGCUGUUGGACACUCCUCCACCUGGUUUAGAUGAAGCUAUUGCAAUUUCAAAGGUUAUGCAAUUCCUUGAAUCACAAGAAUACAAUAUGUUUACUCGAAUAGUGUUUGAUACUGCCCCCACGGGUCACACAUUACGACUGUUAUCGUUGCCCGACUUCUUGGAUGCAUCAAUUGGGAAGAUAUUGAAGGUAACAAUUUUUGGUGGUCUCAAAUCCAGUUUUACAAUGGCCUUUACUGGAAAAAUAGUUUCAACAAUAUUUUUUUCCAUUCUACUUCAUUUUUUUUUCCCUAGGAAGGAUGGUGGUGGAGUCAACCAAAUUCUUCCUCCAUCUGCCUCUGACUGCAAGUUCUGUGCAAUGAAGAGAAAGGAUCAAACGCGUGCUAUAAGCAUGAUCAACAGUGAUCCAGAGCUCUCCAGCUUGACAAUGAUCCAGGCAGCUCUCGUUGAUGUAGAAAUCAGGGGCGUUCCUGCUCUUCAGUUCUUAGGGGACAUUGUUUGGAAGUGAGGACUGGCUCGUGGUAUAAGUGACUCAGGAUAAAAAUGUUCGUGAAUGGCCUUAAGCUUAAGCACACCUACAUCUUGUCGUCUUUACUGAGAUUGCAGAAACAUACAGCCUGAGCAGGCGUUGUUGAAAACCAGGAAAGAUGAAAAUAUAGUUCAACUGCAUUUCUUGAAGGAAGCGAUAUAUUUCAAUAAGGAAAACAGAGUAUGGCCAUGCACUUGUAUUUUGUACUGAUUGAAGUUUCACGUGUCGUUAAAUUUUACACUUUCCAUUUCUUGAAUUGCUAACAAGCAGAUUGGGGAUAUCAAUAUGCUUAAGCCUCUAUUUGGGCUCGAUUAUUAGUGACUUUUUAUGAUGAAGAGUGGUGGGGGUCACGGGAUCACGAAAUAUAUUAAUAAUAUUGAGCUGUAGUGUUGAAUGUGCGGUUGAAUUAGAGUUUGAUUUUGACUGGAUAGUUGAAGUCACUGAAAAUGUUUCCCAUGAUAGGCUAAAUUUUAGCGAUCUUUAAAUUCUUGAUCA